UGAGUGUGUAGCUGAAGAGAAUCAAAUUUCUCCAGGAGAAUUGUCAGUUGUGUGUAAUACUGGAGCCAAUGCAGGAACUGAUGUCGAGACACAAAACUUACAACCUCAGUCCCCGAGACUGCCUGAAAACCUGCUUGUUUCAGAAGUGGCAGAGGAUGGUGGCGCCGCCAGCAGAACCCACAAGGCAACCGACAACCAAACGGAGAAAAAGAAAAAAUUCCACCAGCAGCACAUCCAACAGCAGCGCUGGCAACAACGCAAACAGUACCGGCAGCAAGAAGAAGACCACAGCUGCAAACCUGAGUCUGUCCAGUCAGGUACCUGAUGUGAUGGUGGUAGGAGAGCCAACUCUGAUGGGAGGUGAGUUUGGGGACGAGGACGAAAGGCUAAUCACUAGAUUAGAAAACACGCAAUAUGAUGCGGCCAACGGCAUGGACGACGAGGAGGACUUCAACAAUUCACCCGCCCUGGGGAACAACAGCCCGUGGAACAGUAAACCUCCCGCCACUCAAGAGACCAAAUCAGAAAACCUCCCACCCCAGACUUCCCAAUAAGACCACCCGCACCUGAUCAGUAGGGGGUCACCAUUACAAUUGCAGAUCUUUACUUACAGGAGAGAAAAAGAGGAGAAAUAAAAACUUUUCCAUGAAAAUAUCUAUUUCUAAACCACAAUGAUCUGAUUUUCUUUCUUUUUUUCUUUUUUUUCUAAUUGAGAGGAUUAUUCCAAAUAAGCUUCCAUGACCCUUCUGUGGAAGCCUCCACAGGUUGUACAGAUACUGGCACUGAUCGUAAUUAAAACGAGAGAAAACGCUAGAGCAUCUCCUGACACAGUCUUAACAACGUGUUUGUGUUGAAUUUCCUUUUUAUGCAUCAAACAAAGGCCAUAUUGUCCGUAAAUACUCAGUGCUCAGGAUCUCAUUAAUAUGCCGAACCUAGCUACGAAUGACUUUUUAAUAUUGUAAAAUAUUUUCUGCUUUUUGACUUGCAUCUGAGAGUUUCUUGUUUCAGUAAAAAAAGAAAAGGAAAAAAAUCAGCUUUGGAAAGUAAUUUAAAUGUACCUUUAUUUUUUUUCUUCACGUUAUUUCUUUCAUUGGGCAACAGCUGAGGGGACCCAGCAAGGUAAUUUGUGGUGGAGCUGUUGGCAAUUGGCUUGCGUAUGAGUUGGCUCAAUUUAGCCCUCGUACUGAAACAAGAAACGUCUUUUCAUCAUCAAAGACGCCAGGGCAGAUGUGUAUGUAAAGAAAGACAGUUGGACUCUUGAGAAUUUAUGCAUUUGUAAAGUUGCUGUUGAUCCAAAUAUUUUCAAGCCAUGUAAUCCAUUAAUUUUGUGGGCAGUUGAAUAAAUCUGAAACUUUUUUGUGUUUUUAAUUGUAUCUGAGUUGGCCAUCCUUUCUUUUCAUAGUAUAUUUCUUGUACGAUAUUUUGUAAAGCCCUCACCUGGUUCUCUUAGGGGGACUUUUCUUUUUUGGGCAACUCCAGUGUAUUUCUGUGAAACUUUAUAAGAGAACUAAUUUUUCCAUCUGCAUAUUAAUAUGUUCCUCCACACAUGUAAAGACACAGUGGCUCCGUGUGUUAAAAACAGCUGUAUUUUAUGUAUGCUUUACUGAUUAAGUGUGCCAAUAAUAAAUUGUGUUAAUGACCAAA